AUGUGGACACAGUUCAGCAUGCAAGGAAGCUACAAGUGGCUCGACAUCUUAUCUGAUUUGGUAUUGGCUUACAACAACACCAAACACCGAACCAUACGAAUGAAACCAUCGGACGUCACGGUUGUGAACGAGAGGCAAUUAUUGCGUCAGGCGUGCGGAGGGCUUCGAGCGAUACCUACCAAACCGACAAAGUUCAGAACUGGCGACAAAGUCCGAAUCAGCAAAUCCAAAAACGUCUUCGAGAAAGGUUAUACUCCCAAUUGGACGACUGAAAUAUUCACAAUAAGCCGAGUGGAAAAUACUCAUCCUAUGACGUACAAGCUCAAAGACUAUCAAAAUCAACCCAUCGCUGGCGGUUUCUACGAACAGGAGCUCCUCAAGGUUGAACAUCCGGACAUCUAUCUCGUGGAGAAGGUUCUCAAAAAGCGUGGAAAGAAAUUAUAUGUUAAAUGGUUAGGUUUUGACAGUACACACAACAGUUGGAUAAAUGAAUCUGACGUAUUACGACACGGUCAUCACAAAGCUCAAACGUAUACGCAAAGGCCCAGGCUUAUAGCCCUACGGAAGCGUGUCGGUCGUGUUGUGAAACACGAUCCGCUUGUCGUCAUUCCAGCUCAGUGCCACCUUCUUCUGUUCUACAGUAUGAACCUCAUGCUUUUGACUCAUGAAUAA